AUGGCACAAGCACCCAGCCAGGACAUCGUCACCGAAACGCUGCGCAAGAUCAUGCUGCCUGACGGGCGCGAUCUGGUCGGCGCCGGGAUGGUGUCGGACAUCUUCAUCGCCGACGGGAAGGUCUUCUUCUCGCUGACCUGCGAUGCCGCCGAUGCAGAGCGGCUGGAGCCGGUGCGCGAGGCGGCCCAGGCUGCGGUCACGGCGCUGCCCGGCGUCAAGGCGGCGAUGGUUGCGCUGACCGCCGAAAAAAAGGGCGGCCAGAGCGGGCCGGAGCCGCAGGCGCGAAACGUGCCGCCACCGCCGCCAUCGGCCGGGCGGCGCCCGGUCACCGACCGGGCGAAGCCGGGCGUCCCCGGGGUCAAGCACAUCAUCGCCGUCGCGUCGGGCAAGGGCGGCGUCGGCAAGUCGACCACCGCGAUCAAUCUGGCGCUCGGUCUUGCUGCUUGCGGUCUGAAAACCGGCAUUCUGGAUGCAGACAUUUACGGGCCGUCGCUGCCGCGUCUUUUGGGAUUGAAGGACACCAAACCGCAGCAGCUCGAGGGCCGCAUUCUCAAGCCGAUCGAACAGUUCGGGCUGCAGGCCAUGUCCAUCGGCUUUCUGGUCGAGGAAGAGACGCCAAUGAUCUGGCGCGGGCCGAUGGUCGUCUCGGCGAUCACGCAAAUGCUGCGCGAGGUGGCCUGGAGCGAUCUCGACGUUCUGGUCGUCGACAUGCCGCCGGGCACGGGAGACGCGCAGCUCACCAUGGCGCAGAACGUUCCGCUGUCUGGCGCGGUGAUCGUCUCGACGCCGCAGGAUCUGGCGCUGAUCGACGCGCGCAAGGGCCUGAAAAUGUUUGAAAAGGUCAAUGUGCCGGUUCUCGGCAUCAUCGAGAACAUGAGCUAUUUCGUGGCGCCGGACACCGGCGCGCGCUACGACAUCUUCGGCCAUGGCGGCGCCAGGGCGGAAGCUCAGCGGCUGGGUGUCCCCUUUCUGGGCGAGGUUCCGCUGGUGAUGGCGAUCCGCGAAACCUCCGACGCCGGAAGACCGAUCACCGUGGCCGAACCGGACGGUCCGCACGCCGCUGCCUACACGGCCAUCGCCGAGCGAGUUUCGGCGGCGCUCUCGACCGGUGCCGGCGCGAAACCAGCCCCCGCCAUCGUUUUCGAGUGA